AUGGACCAAAUAGAAGAAAGUGGUGAAGACUCGCAGGCACCAGAGUCCACGUUUGAGGACGAUUUGGUGCCAAAAGAAAUAACGGAUGAGUUUUUCGAGGAACUCUGCUCCAAAGCUAAUCUGACUGUGAAAGAUUUGCAAGGAAACGGGCAGUAUGGAUUGGCGGAAGAUUUCCAAAAGCUUCUAAUUACGAGUCAAAAUUUGCGGCAGCAUCUAAUCGAGGAGCAGGAUAGGAUCGCCAAAAUGCAAGAUGAAGUGUCUGCCGCUUCCGGUCGUGUAGCGCAAGCAAUGCAGCUUUCCCAACGCGAUCAGGACACCAUCGAAACGUUGAAAUCCGAAAUUCAAGAUGCCUGGAAACGUGCGGACGCUGCUCAAACACGCGAGCAAAAUGUUCAGGAGGCAAUGAACCAAAUGAGGGAGAAGCUAGAGAAGCUGCACGCCGAAAGCGACCGUUACGGAGAUCGAGAUGAUGAUGUGGGGUCAACUAUGAACAAGCACAAGGAGGGCAUAUUGCGCGAGCGGGACCGCUUGUACGUGGAGGUAGAGGAGCUAAACCGGCGUCUACACACGCAGCGUUUGUACAUGGAAGAAUUGGAACAAAAGUGUCUCGAAUCGGAAACGAAACUAAAAGAACUACACAAGCUAGUAGAUGAAACAUCUAACGAACUUUUCCGUGAUAAGCGUCUGCUUGAGCAUCUUCAGACGGUGCACGCUGAGAAGAUAGCGGAGCUGGCUGCUAAGACGGCGGAAGCUGCUCACUUCCAAGCACUAGCAGAAACGGACCAUAGAAACGCCGUCCAGUUGAGCAUGAAACUGGGCUCAACUCGCAUUAACCUGGAGCGUGCUAACACCACCAGCAAUCUGACGCAGGUGAAACUGGCCAAAGCCCAAGCUGAUUUCGACAAUAUGGUGCAGCUGAAGGAAAAAGUCACGAAUGAGCUGAAUACCAAGGUGAACAUUUUAAAGCUCAAAGAAGACGAAAACAACAAAUUUCGAUUGGAAAAUGCCAAAUUGCUAAAAAUAAAGGAGCUGAUGCAGAAACGCAUUCAAGCUAUUGAGGGCACCAAAGGAACGCUCGAACAAGAAGUGGCCAAACUAAAGAAUACGAUAGUGACCUUUGAGAAGGAACGCGAUGCGUCUAAAAAAUCGUACGACAUGGCCAAGAAGCAGGUAGAUGCAGUCCUGCGAGAAAGGGAUCUCGUUCGCAAGGAUCUUGUAAAAGCCAACAAAACCAUUUCCGACCAAACGGAACAAAUGACCCUGCUGGAUAAGCAUCAGAAGACGUUGGAAAACGAGAUCAAGGCGCAUCAAGCGGCCGCCCAGAAGCAGCUGACGCUAAUGCUUAAAGUGGAGAAGGAUCGCGACCGUAACGCGGAGGAGGUGCAGAAUUUGUCGGACAAAAUAGAACAACUGAACGAGGACUUGCUGUAUAAGCAGAACCUUGUCGGGGAGCUGCGUGAAAAACUAAAAGAAUGUGAAGCGAAGUUGUUCCAAUGUCAAAAUUUGCUGGAAAUUACUCGUGGAGAGCGAAACAUUUUCGAACGAGAUCUCGCCACGUGCAACAAGGAAUUGGAGAGUCUCAAGAAGCGAUUAAAGAAUACAAUCCAUACGGUUGACCAAUUGAAGGAGGAGAACGCAAACAAAGUGGCAGAACUGUUUAAGGCAAACAAAACGAUCGACAAGGUGGAAAAGGAGAAGCAAGCGCUCAAAACGGACGUGCAGAACAUUAGCAUCGCGUUGCAACAUUCAAAGUCGGAGCUGAGCGAAAAAUCUAACGAAAAUGCGCGGCUGAACAAGACCCUAUCGGAUGACGCGACAAAUAUGACGCGUUUGAAAAAGCAACUGGAAGGAGCCAUCAACGAAAAGGAUCUCGUCAAGGUGCAACUGACGCAGCGAGUGGAAGAGAUCAACAAUUUGACGGAAAAGCUAAACAUGCUGAACAUGGCGCUGGACCGUGGAGAAAACCAGUACCGCGAUCGGUUGGAUGACAUUCGCUUGCUGAAGAUCGAGAUCAGCAACUUACGCUCUCAGCGCAAUCUCCUAACGCGUGGUCUUGCCAAUACGGCUGACAUGCGUCAGGAAGUGCUUCAGCUGAACCGUGUGCUGAACCAGGAACGUGUUAAGGCACGAGCAUUGGAGGACGAAAUGUUAACGCCGAUGAAUGUGCACCGGUGGCGCAAAUUGAGCGGCAAAGAUCCUGAGAAGAUGGACUUGAUCGUCAAGGUGCAGACUCUGCAGCGUCGUGUGCUCUACCAAUCGGUGACGGUGUCCGAGCAGGAAAAAACCCUGCAACAAUCGGAGAAGAUGUACGAUGCGCUGAAGGAUGUGGUAGAGAAGCUGCCCAGCCAUAAGAUCAAGGAGCGACUCUCGCUUACCCAACGUGCGCUGACGGCUCGUACGAAGAAGUUGAAGGCGCUUGCGGCCGAAAUUCGCAUCAAAGAACUCGAUUCAAAAUCCAAAGACUGUACGCUCGAGCAGUUGAAGCAAGCCCUGUUAGAGACCAAAAAAGAGCUGGUUAAAGAGAAACGCGAAAAAAUAAAACUGGUCGAGAACAUCCGUGGUCAUCGGACGGAGAGCGCUGCCAUUACUACUGCUGGUGGUACUGCCACGAGCGACAUUAUCGUAAUUCGUACAACCAGCCAGAGCGCACAUACUUCGAGCUAUCGUACGCUAGGUUCUGGCUUCAAAGCUAUCUGCUGA